UCUCGCCUCCGGAGCCACUCCUGCCUCUCUGCAGCCGGCUGACAUAAUCCGGAACAGUGAGUCUGUCUGAGCUGAACAUGAAGGACAGAUGUCGGCGGAGCCUGAACAGGAAGAGGAGCAGAGAAAGGAGCAUCUACCGGCGGAGACAACAGGAUGUUUACGGGCUCCGUUUGUUGUCCACACACAGAAUGAGUCAGUCAGCAGAAACAACAUGAGGCUGUUCAUCGUCUUGCUGCUCGCUCUCGUCUCUGAGGCCUCAGACGAGUCGUGUUUGAACCGGUGUGAAAACGGUUUCGACUCUCAGAGGACGUGCCAGUGUGAUUCCAUGUGUAAAUACUACAAAAGCUGCUGCUCGGACUAUGAGACCGUCUGUGGGAAGACGACACGUGGCGACACGUUUGUGUUUGCCGAAGAUGAUGAUUACGACUUGCCUGAAAGCACCACUCCUCCUGGACCUUCAGUUGUCUCACCUUCACAGCCUCCUGUCCCAGACUUCAGCCGCAGACUGGCUCCACCUCCAGAGACCAGCCUGCAGAUGACCAAACCCCCACGACUAAUGAAUCCCAGAGUCACAAAUGCCCCACACACAGUUGCACCCAAAAGUGACCCCUCUCCUACAACGGAUGCUCCUCGGACUCAUGAAAUGGCUGAGACCACCACAGUCCCCAUCACAGCAGCCCCGGACCCGGAUGCUGAGGUCUGCGGCAUCAGACCUUUUGACUCCUUCAUGCAGCUGAAAAAUGGUUCCAUCUACGCCUUCAGAGGGAAGUACUUCUUCGAGCUGGACCAGAACUCGGUGCUUCCUGGUUAUCCAAAGCUCAUAGAGGACGUGUGGGGCAUCACCGGUCCCAUUGAUGCUGCGUUCACUCGCAUCAACUGCCAGGGGAAGACCUAUAUCUUUAAGGGGGACAAGUACUGGAGGUUCAACAACGGUGUGCUGGAAGAUGACUACCCUCGAGAAAUCAGCGUUGGGUUUGAGAAGAUCCCUGAUCACGUAGAUGCAGCGUUCGCCCUGCCGGCGCACAGUCACCACGGGAAGGAGAAGGUCUACUUUUUCAAAGGCAACCAGUAUUACGUCUACGAAUUCUUGCAUCAGCCGUCCCACGAGGAGUGUGCCGCCAUGUCCGAGAGGUCUCCGUCCACGCUGUUCAGGCGCUACACGGAUCUAUACUACAGCAACUACGAGCGCUACUUCACUGAGCUCUACUCUGACUGGCCUCAGCAUCGAGACAAACACCACUUCAUUAACAGAGACUGGGUGGGCCUCCAGUCUCCGGUGGAUGCUGCCAUGGCCGGCAGAAUCUACGUUGCUCCCUGGAGGUCGGGGCGGUGGUCUGACUACCAGCCUGACCAGCAGUGGGGCCAACAGAACAGGUGGCAGAGGGGUCAGAGGAGGUGGAACCGGUCGCCCUCCUGGGGGUCCAUAGCCGAGCAGGGGAUGAACAUGGGUCAAGGGUUCGCUGAGAGAGGGAUGGAGAUGGGUAUGAGACUGGCAGAGAGGAGGAUGGAAAUGGAGGAGAGGCUCGGUCGGGAUUGGGACAGACGCCGGGACCAGGACUGGGAUCAGAGCAGACGUCGGGACCAGGACUGGGACCAGAGCAGGCGCUGGGAUCGCUACAAUCAGAACAACCGAGGCAACUACGACUCCAGAAAUGAGCGCUUCUUCCAGAGGGACAUGCCUAUACAGAGUGUUUACUUCUUCAAAGGAGAUAAAUACUACAGAGUGGACCUCAGGACGAAGAGAGUCGAUUCCGCCAUGCCGCCAUACCCCAGAUCCAUCGCCAAGUACUGGCUCGGCUGUUCAAACACAACCGGAGCAGAGAAGAAAUAGUUUUUGAUUUGUUUUGURUGUGUUCAAUGUGGUUACAGUACUUUGUAAAGAAUGAGUCUUUUUAUUUUUACUGAAACUUGUUCAGGUUAUAACUAGUUGCUCAACUUCAGCAAACAUGAGCAAUCAGUAAAAGUCCGUGCGGCCAAAGUUUAGCCAGUUUAUCUUGUGUCGUCAGCUGACUGACUUUAUCACCAAAUGGUUAAGAAAACCUCAGAGGCCUGACAGUAAAAAAAAAAAAAGUUGCAUAAGAAUCAUGUUUUCUACAGUUUAUAUAUCUACUAACUGUGCUUUUAAUUUCUUCUAAUAAGAAAAUAUUUUACACAGYGAGUAAUAAAAUAUGACAGAUUUUAUGGAGGUGCUCUGUCACAAAAAACAAUAACCUGCAGUCGUGUUUAUAAAUAUUAAAACCWAGUCCACUUUUCUGAGUUCCAGUUAAUAACUCAACAGUGUUUUAGUUCCUUUACUGGAGUCAGUAAAAACAUUGUAAUCAGUCAAAUAUUCAACAGCCUUUUUUUUUACUAAUCUUUCUAAAAGC